UUCUCAUCACCCAAAUAGUUUUAUAUUUCAUUCAACAUUUUCUGCUAAGAUCUUGAUUGCAAUUUUAUUAAGUACGUAGUUAGUUUUUUGUGUUCUUUCAUUUUCUCCAAUGGCUCAAACAAGUUCAAGAUUAAAUAGAAAAGCCUUUUGUAUUUUGGGCCUGCUAAAUAUUUUGAUGUUGUUACAAAAUGCCAAUUGUUAUGAGCACAAAGUUGGAGGUUCAGGAGAUUGGAGUGUCCCUAUGGAUCCAAAUGCCAAUAAUUACGACCAAUGGGCCCAGAGGAGUCGAUUCCAAAUUGAUGACACUUUAUCUUUUAACUACCCUGCUGAUAAAGACUCAGUGCUUCUUGUAAACAAGGCAGACUUUGACAAUUGCAACAUUGCUUCACCUAUUGAGAAGUACAGUGAUGGACACAGUGUGGUCAAAUUUGACCACUCUGGGCCAUACUAUUUCAUCAGUGGGGUUCAUGACAACUGUGUCAAGAAUCAAAAGUUGCAUGUUAUUGUCAUGGCAAAUAGAAGCAAAAGCAACGAAAGAGUAGCAUCUUCUCCUUCUCCAUCAGCAAAUUUUAACAAAACAGUACCUCCUUCUCCAUCAGCAAAUGUUCCUCCGUCUCCGGCCCCCUCCGGCGAGGAGGCACCAUCGUCACCACCCACUGGCUCAGUUGAGAUCAACCCAACUGCAGCACCUUCACAAGAAUCAACGCCCCCUCAUUCUAAGAAUGGCGCUUCGUCAAUGGUCUUGAGCUUUGUUGGAUCCACUGCAGCUUUUAUUGGUUCUUCCAUCAUUCUAGGAUUCUGAUGAAGAGUUGAUGGAGUUGUUUGUAUUUGAUUGUUGUUCUUUUGUUUUUCAUUUUUGGGCUUUAUAUUUCAUGGUUUUCCUACUUUGCUCACGGUGAAUGUAGCUCGGAGUAAAGGGCAGAUUGGUUUGUAUCUGUUUGGUUCUACGAUGAAAAUGAAUAAAUCUUAAUGUUGUGUAUA